ACGACGGUGGUUCACCAGACAUCAUGUCUGCCGGUGCCCAGGACACUUCAGCUUCCAGGGUUCACAGCACUGCAGAGCUGAAAGCGGGCCUAAACUUUCAGAAAUGGCUCCUUGCCUGCCAGCGAAUGAUUGAGCGGAGACGGUUCCUUGGAAGGAUAUACUGCAGGUAUUAGAGUUCACACCUGCCUCAGGUGCCUGCCUAGUAGCGUCCGCGCUCUCGGCGUUAAACCCUCAUUUUCUCCUGAAUGGGAGGACGUGUGUGUGUGGGAUUUGCAGACGUUCAGUCGCAGAGUCUGGAGGCAAACUGAUUGGGAAGCUCCUCAACAGGCUCUAACAUGUUUGGUCCCGGCCACAAAGUCACUUCUCCGCCAUUGGCCGCGCACAUCUACAGUCACAUCUUGCCCAACAGGUUUUCCAGCAUCUUCCUCCCGUCUCCUAUUUUUGGAUUUCAGCUGUUCCAGCCCUGCGGCCAUUCUGGAGCACGUAAGGAUGCCACUCUGUUCUCGCAGACAAGGCCUUGUCAUUUGCCAGACAAGAGCCAUUGCAUGAAGCAGCGGAGAUCGCGAGCCAAUUACAGCAGCUGGCAACUGGAAGAACUGGAAAACGUGUUCCAGACCAACCAUUACCCAGACAUCUUCAUGAGGGAGGCCCUGGCACUGAAGCUGGACCUGUUAGAGACUAGAGUGCAGGUAUGGUUUCAGAACAGGCGAGCAAAGAUGAGAAGGCAAAUGAAGAUGCAAAAUUAUCAAGUCCCAUGGGAGGAUAAGAGUAGUUCAGACUGUAAUACCAAUAGAAGACCAGAGGAGAACCCAUUAGAGGACAGAAAAUGUACCAGAAACAAAGUAUUGGAGCCCCCAAACCAAAUGACGGAAGUUUCAAACCAAAGAGAAGACAAUACAACCCGUAGCAUUGCCACCCUACGUACAAAGGCACGAGAGCAUGAGGCUGGGAUACAUGGCUUGGUAGCAACACAAGAGAGACCUCAGAAGUUCACAAUGAAUCCAGAAUCGGGGACAGAUGUUACAGUUCAAUAGCAGCAAGACGUAACAUCUCUUAAAUGACUGAUUUUGGAAGAUAGGGGCAGGUUUAUGCUAAGUGCCAUGUUUUUAAUAAUGGAUGUCUAUUGUCUUCUGAUUUGGUCAAGCAAAAUAUAUGUAUAGGAGAUAUCACCAUCCUACACAAUAAUUCUUUGUGCCUUCUGUCAAAUAAAUCAGUGUUGUUGGGGUGUUUACCGGGAACAUAUUCAUCUUGUCAUCUUCCAACCAUCUGCUAACUUGUCCUGGCUUGAGGAACCCUCACCAGAAAGCUGGAAGUACAAUGAGAAUGAAUGGAAUUAAGGUGGUGUGAUUUCCUCUAAGAGCCAUAACAAAACAGGACUUUGUGUAAAAAAAGACAAUGUACAUGGGAUCUUUUCCUUGGGAUGAUGUGCAAACAACUGAAAACUAGGAAAGAUGAUGGCCCACCAGGUAUUCUCUAUCAAUCACUUCAGUUAGAUUCUCUAACCAGGAGGGUGAAGUAGUAAAAUAGACAGAGGUUGAAUAGGCCCAUCAGGAGGUUCUAAGAGAUCUCAGGUUCUGACACGAUAAAGCAGCCCAGCCAAAGCCGAACCCUACAGGUCCAACAGAGGAAAACCCCAUUUGAAGGCAACACUUGGGUGGGUAUCACUUUCAUAACCUAUUGGUUCUUAAGGAUAUGACUUGAAGACAUUAGAUGUGGCAAGGAAAUGAAAAGCUGCCAUGGACUUUCCUGUCGUGGGACUAAUGUAUCCUAGUCGUACACUGGCAAGACAAUAUUUGUA